AUGCCUUCGCAGUUCCGAGAUAGGAUUCCAUCCGCGCGCUUUCCUGCCGAAAAGGGCCGAUACGUACUCUACCUCAACUACAUUUGUCCCUGGGCACACCGAGCGGCCAUUGUUUUCGCAUUGAAGGGACUGGGAGAUGUCUUAGACCUGGUAGAGGUCGAUGGAAGGGAUGCAGCGCAUGGAUGGUUUUUCUCUGGGCGUAGCGGGCCAGAGAGAGACCCCGUGUAUGGUGCAAAGUGGUUGAAAGAGAUCUAUCUGAGGGCGGACCCAAAAUACAAUGGCAGAAUCACGGUCCCUUUGCUUUGGGAUACAUUUAAUGGUACCGCUGUCAACAACGAAGCCGCCGAGAUCAUUCAUAUGCUGUUCGAUGCCUUCGAUCCUCUUCUACCCCCGGAACGUCGCGAGAUCAACAAAGGAGUGGCGGGCUUCAGACCUGCGCACAUCCUGACGGAGAUGGAUUCGCUGCUUUCAUGGGUACAUGACACAGUGAACAACGGUGUGUAUAAAGUUGGUUUUGCAACCUCACAGGCGUCCUAUGAUGAACAUGUCAGCAAGCUUUUCAAGUCCCUUGAUCGCCUUGAAGACCACCUCUCACAGCCUAAGCACUACCCUUACCUUUUUGGACAAUACAUCACCGAGGCCGACAUUCGACUAUACACGACAAUCAUUCGCUUUGACGUUGCAUACUACACUCUUUUUAAAUGCAACAAGAAGAUGAUACGUCUAGACUAUCCGCGUCUCCAUGCUUGGUUGAGGCGUCUUUACUGGAGCGAUGGGCCUGAAACGGGUGGCGCCUUCCGGGCCACAACCCAUUUCGACUUGAUAAAGGAAGGAUACUCAGCUGUGACUGUUGGUAACGGCGUAGUACCGGCAGGUCCGGAGCCUCCGAUCAUGCCAUUGUCAUGA